GUAGAUCUACUCAGAAUAUGCGUGUCGAAAUUGCUCAGUUUCAGUGUAAGCAAAUCUUCAAACUCUGUAAAGCUUGCUUUUGCACUCCUUUGCAAAUGGUCAAGAAAGACGUGGUCCAUCGAGUCCUUCAUUUAUUUAAACUGUUUAGCUGAUAUAAAUGACUUCGACAAGACAUGCCAUUGCAGUUUGUUUGAGGCACUGUACACUGGGCUGUCAACUAGAACCGAGGAAAUUCUCAUCGUGCGUUUGCACCUCUGGGUAACUGCACGUUGCCACCAGUGCCGUGGUUGGUCAAUAACAACUAAUCAAUGGGGUUCAUUCAAUACGUUUCGAUUUCAAGUUUCGAUUUACAAGAGAGACUACUGUAAAAAGUACUUGAUUCAUUCUGCUUUGCUUUUUAACUUGCUAUGUGUACCCUUGAAUCCGGAUCCCUCUUCAUCCAGUUUCCACAUCCAAUCAUACGAUGGUCCUUAGGGAGCGUCUACAAGUUAUGGUAUACAAAUACCUAAUGUAUCAAUCUAACUGUAUUGAAGCCAUUUUUUUUGUUCGGAGAGACGAUCCCCGAAGUCUGAAAUAUAUAUUUUUGGAUGUCACUUUGUUGAUGGUGCCUGAAAGUUUGUGUUACGUCCUGACGUGUCCUUUAUACACGUGAUUAGAGGUCCGUUUCCCCCCCCCCCCUUCCCCCCCUUUUUAGUUCCGGGAAAAGAAAGCAUAGUUUGUGAAGCGAGGAGGAACAGUGUUGCUGUAGUUAGGUUAUUUUGGACACACAAAAAUAAAAAAAUAAGAACAUGGAGACUUACGGCGCUUUAAAUGCCGGAGGUGCUUUCGAUUUUAAGCGUUUUGCACAACAGCCGCAAACAAUUUCACGGGUUCUGAGUUGGAUCUUUGCCAUCGUAGUGUUUUCGUGCAUCACGGCAGAGGGAUACAUCAACUCAUCAGGCAGCUCGGCUCAGCAGUGCAUCUUCGGCGGGAGUCUAGAUGCCUGUCACUACGGGGUGGGCAUUGGCUUCCUGGCCUUCCUCGCCGCCACCGCCUUCUUCAUCCUAGACAUCUACUUCCCACAGAUCAGCAACGCCAACGAGAGGAAGUACAUUGUCAUCGCCGACCUCGUCUUCUCAGGUGCAUGGUCAUUCCUGUGGUUUGUGGGAUUCUGCUUUCUGACCAAUAAGUGGGUGACUAUGACAGAAGCCCCUCUCAUUGGAUCAGACAGUGCAAGGGCUGUCAUUACCUUUAGCUUCUUCUCCAUCUUCACCUGGGGACUACAGGCGUGCUUCGCCCUGAGGAGGUACCGUCAGGGAAUGGAGGAGUUUCUCCAGAGCUACACAGACCCAGCCUCUGACAGCACAGGCAGCUACGCAGGAUACCCUCCAGUUGGCGUUGAGAGUUACCAGCAGCCUCCCUUUGUCGCAAACCCAGAGCUGAGUGGCGAGGGGGGGUACCAGCCUCCAGUCUACUGAGAGAUUUAACACAGAGCCUGGACCAAGGAGAAGGACUGGGCCUGGCGCCAACAAGCCGUCAACAGGAGGAGUACAUAAAGGCCUGUUUCUGAAUUCUUAGUGUUUAUUGUAGACAGAAGCAUUUUUAAUUUGGAACAUGCUAAUUUCUCAACCUCAAAGGUUUGUUUGCGUAAACAAAUCCGGUUUCUUAUCUUUGGGGAUUUGAGUCAUUUUUGCUGUCUUCAUUCAUGUCAAGUCUUAGUUCCCUAAAACCAGAGCUAAAAUACUACAACUGUAGUAUUAAAAUGUAACAACCACGUUGUCUGUCAAUUCAGUCUCUGAGACAAUACUGCAGGCAUGGAGGUGAAUUAGUUUCAUCUGUAGUGAUCAACUUGUUUUUAAACACACUCCUGACAUAGUGCAAUGCCAUCCUAACAAAAAUGCGCAUGGAUAAUAAAUCCCAAGUUUUUAAGUAAAAUAUUCAGUAAAUGCACCAUUAGUAUGUGAUAGAAUUGGAUGAUCAAUAGCUAAAUCUAUUAAAUUGCACCCUUUCAAAAUUAAAUAUGGUCAUUCCCUGAAGCAUCAACUCCAGCAAAAACAAGCAGAGGAGCAUGCAAAGUAUUGGGAGACCCUUUUCCUUUAUGUACUCCUGUCCUAUAUAUAUAUAUAUAUAUAUAUAUAUAUAUAUAUAUAUAUAUAUAUAUAUAUAUAUAUAUAUAUAUAUAUUGUUUGCAUGUUAGUUCAAGAGUUUUUAGAGCAAAUGUCCAGUCCUUUCUGACGGUCUGCUUUGCAACGGCCAGGGCUACUGGGCUGCAGCAGGUAUGUCCGUGCAAGGAGUGGAGAACAGAACUAGCUGCACAUCCAAACCUCUUCUGAGGUCAUCGGUGUUCUACCCUGUGGAGUUCUCCCUGGAUUCUGUGUCUGGAAGCAGUGUGUUCCGUGGCAGCAGGAGGAGGGCUGAUGGGAGUUUGACCAGCUCUUUAGCCAAGUGGAGCACUCUGCUUCCCCGGGCACAGCAUCCAGGGAGAGCCCUGGACUCAACUUUCUUAAAAUCAGGAUUGUAAAAAAAAAAAGUGUGUCCGGGUAGUUCUGUAGAUUGUGCUCUUUUCCAAACCUAGCUGCCCCUAGUAGCCUUCAAGCAUUGAUGAAAUACAAAGUUCACGCACUGGAUACAAUGUUCCUUAAUACUUUCUCCUUUUUAAUUUGUUAUUUUAUUUGCUGUUUUUGUUGUUUUGCUAUGUAAAGAUGGUGUCCUGCAACAGACGCUUACAUUUGUUCUUGUUUGAUACGUGGUGCCUGCGUUUGUAUAUAGAGGACAAACUUUGAUUACAUUACAUUUAUUUUUUAGUUAAUAUUUAGUAUUCCUACUUUACAGAUCUGUGGUUUAUACAGUUAAUAGUUUACAUUGUAGCACAACGAGUAGAACUUUUUUGUUUUGUUUUUAAGGGGCUGGGUUUUAGUUAAAUUGAUUUCAAAUUUAUAUAUAACCAGUUAUAAAAAGUUACAAAGCCCAUUUGAUAUCCCCUACAUAAUUAUUUUGUGAAUGCCUCCAUCUUUUGACUAUUUGCACCUCCGUAAACACCCUGUUUUCAGUUAGUUGGUAAAUUCCAUUUGACAAUUUGGGCUGCUUCGUAUUUGGCACAGAACUGUGUAAUUGUUGAUGUAGGUAAUUGUUUUGUGUAGGUAAUAUUGUCUUAAACUUUUUAUGGUAAGUUUAGUUUGUAAGAAACAGAUUGCACUGGUUAAUACAAAUUUAAAUAUGUUGAACUAUUGUAAGGUUUUCUACCAAUUCUGGGGUUGGAUGGGGAGGUGUAUUGUGUGGGCUGAAUAAACUAACCACAUGUAUGAUUGGAAAGAGGAAGGUCUGGCAACAAAGUUUUGCUUUUAUUUUACUUUUAAAAGCUACUGCCACUAAAAAAAAUAAAUUCCGGCAGGCACUAACUUUGCAGGAAGAAAGCAAAGCUGCCAAGUGUGUGUGUGUGUGUGUGUGUGUGUGUAUAUAGAUAUAUAUAUAUAUAUAUAUAUAUAUAUAUAUAUAUAUAUAUAUAUAAUGUAAAACAUAAACUACUUGCAUACAACUUCUUAAGUUAUGGUAAUGACUGCAUUGGCUUAUGCACUGGUUCCUGUGGAUAAAAAGUUUUUCGAUUGUUGGGGUGUGGUGGAGGUUUUGUUUAUAAAUACUUGAUUGGGACUGUUAAUGUCACAAAAAAUAAAAAAAACAUUGUGCACCUAACCCAAAUAUGUAAUCUAGAUUUAAGGCCAAAGAUUUUGAACAUCACUAUUUUAACACAAUAACCCACGAAAGCACAAUGCUGCUUUUUCUACCUGGCAUUGUAAUUUGAUUGCAUGCCAAUGUUCGACAGUUCCACAUUGAAAGAAAGCUGGUGCAACAUCACUUGAUAGUACUGGAAAAUAUUUCAUUAUGAAUAGUGCUGCUUGCAGCUGGUUUCACACACCUUUUAGUAAGCAUUGAUUUUGACUAACUAACCCAAGGUAACAUUCAGGGCUGAUUUCGGACCUGAAUUAGCACAGAUUUUGCCUAAAUUAACAUCAGGUAGUUCAGGGUUAAGUGGGAGUCUGUGAAGACAGCUUUGUUGUCCAGGAUAGUGAAGAGGAGUCUGUGAAACCCAUAGAUUGGAGUACCAGUAUUUUCAUAAUACAGCUUCCUGGUGGAAUUGCAAUAUUAAUGUUCCACUUUGGGUCAGGUUUUAUUUAUUGCUGUUAUUUACCACUGUCUUUCUAAUCAAAUAAAAUGACAUUUUCAAA